AUCAACACCUUCAAACCCGCCGCUCAAUUGCCCAUCGCGCAAUUAUCAGACACCACAUUACGACUCAAAAUAGCUCAUAAAUCACGAGCAAAUAUGGUUGGUGGCCGUGGUCGACCCAAGAAGAUUGCGCUGCCAGAAACAGCUCCUGUCGUCGCGAAUAGCACGCCAUCAAAGCGCGGUCGCCCUGCCAAAGCCGAUGUCAUCGAAGAUAUAGCCGAACCCGCAAAGAAGCGUGGUCGUCCUGCCAAAGCCGAUGUCGUCGAAGCUACAGCUGAACCCGCAAAGAAGCGCGGACGUCCUGCCAAAGCGCAGCCCGAAGAGCAGGCUCCUGCCAUCGAGGAGACGCCCAGACGCGGGCGCCACUCAUUCAUUGCGCCCCAACCUGAGCCCGUCGCAGAAGCUCUAACUCCUACGCCCAAGAAGCGCGCCGGAAGACCGCGAAAGGAGGAAUCGGCUGUUGAAGACGCGCCUGCCCAGAAGAAGCGCGGUCGUCCAGCAAAAUCGGCUGCGCUCAACCUCGUGGGCUCUCCGAGAGUCGAUAAGCGCUCUUCUCCUCGCUCUAAGACUGCUCCUGCUGCCGGUACCGACAGGCUCCGGACGCGUCUACCUCCAACCCGGGAGAUUGCAAAGAAAGAGCCAGCACCCUCAACAGCUAAGCGCGGACGACCACGCAAGGUCGCUGUCGAUGCCCCCGCUCCCAAAAAGGCUGCUGCUGGUCGUAAGGCUUCGAAAGCUGCUAUAGUGAAGCCAGUGAAGCUCGCUGCUCCUCGCAAGCGACGCGGCUAUACUACCAUUGAGGUUCCGGAUAAAUUCGCCGCUCAGAUACAGGAACUCCUUCAGCAAUUGCUCGAUGGCAGCACCUCUGGCCCAGCUCCUGUCGAAGAAGAAGAAGAAGAGACAGAGGAGGAUGCCGAUAUCGGCACCGAAGAGAAUGUCCCAGUGACCAGUGAUAUAGUGGGAGAGGAGGACCAAGAGGAAGAAGGUUCGUUCAUUUCCGAGCAAAUUGAGGCCAGUGGUGAUGAAGCCGAGAUUCAAGAGGACUUCCAAGACGAUGAGUUUGAGGAUGGGGUCCAGGAACAAACGCUUGGCCCGGACGAGGAGGUCGAGAUUGAGCUAAGCAUGCAGAAGGUUAUCGGGAUCGAACAGGGCGCAGAUGACACUGAAGUUUCUUACCGUCAGGAGAUUGAUGAGCAGCUCUUGGUGCGCACUGAGGGUUCCGAUGACCCGCAGUCAGUCUACGAGGACGGGGACGAUGAUGACCGCGUCGUGAGCGAGCCAUCAAAGCUUGCUAUUAGUAGCGUGUUUGGUUAAGCGCUCCCUUCACUAUUCGAUAUGCGUAGCGCCUGAGCGUCAUUCGAGAUAUAUGGAGCAUAUGCACUUCAAGCGUGGUUGGCUAUCGUUUGACUUUCAGUCUCUCCAUCUAUCCAUGACUUGCGCCAGACUUGUGCCUCAGUGUUCUUUUGCACAUGAUGGCUUCCUUGGCGAGACCACUGUAUCUCUUUCAUCGUUAGGAAGUGUACAAAUAGGACGGAGAUGCAUUACGAUCUCUACAUAGCGAACUAGCGUCCGCAUGGCGACAGUCUCACAGCACAGCUUGCUUUCAAGCGCUACUAAGUAAUAUGAUUCUACACUUGACUUC